UCAGCUGAGCCGGUAGUUCGUCCGACCCGACGGCCUUUCUGUUGGCCAUUUCCCGUACCGCUUCCUCAACCUCAAGUAGAGAUGGGAUGUCGUCGAGUGGCACGCACGUGGGCCACCGCUUGACCUUGCCAGCCGCAUGCAGGUCGAUGGUCGGCGACUUGGUGUUGAGAAGCUUGUGGAACCACCGUGCCCACCGUUGGCGAAUAAACGUGGGGUCCCGAAGGACCUUGCCGUCCUCGUCCUUGAUGUUCUGAGAGGUGAACGACCUCUUACCUUCGACGUCGAUCAUCUUCAGGUGCCUGUAGAAACCCGCCUGAUCCCCCUCGCGGCUCUUCUUCUCGAGCUGCCGUACAUAGCCCUCGAAGAACGUUUCUAGUGCUCUCCACCUCGCGAUACUGCGCUUCUUCCGCGCCGCCUUGAGCAUUGCCUGCAGGGUCGCCUCGCAGGCGCUGUUCUUUGAGGCCCCGCGCAGUUGCUGCUGGGCCGCCUUAAUCUCCUUCGACGCGUCAGAGAUCUCGUGCUGCGCUUCGCUCGU